CGCAGUACCUCCGUCAGCACAAAAUGGCAACUGUACAUCCAAGCAGAAUGGGCCUUGUUCCCCAAUCAUCCUCUUUCAGGGAUGAAGACAGAUACAAUGAUAGGGAGAGGGUGAGAGAAAGAAGUAGAGAACGCGACUCAGAUUAUCGUCGUUCAGGCAGAGACGACUCGCGCGACCGAAGACGAGACGCAGACGUCAAUGGACGAAAGAAUAGACGCAGCUCUACCCCGCCUCGCGACAGAAAUAGGACAUACGAGGAUGAUAGACAGGAAGAUCGCCCGCGACGACGGAGUCCUGAUUACGGCUCGUACCGACGUGAAGAGCCUCCUCAUGCUACUACAGUCAACGGUGAUGUUGGUGCAGGGUCCUCGGCUCCAUGGCGUGCACCGGAAAAUAUGUACGCUUCUCGUGGUCGUAGAGGAUACGGCGCUUCAGGUGGAGAAGACUAUUUCGCUAGUCGUCGGUUGGAACGUGCUAACAAGCAAGUAAAUAUAUGGCCUCCUUCUCCUAAAGCGCCGUCGGAUGAUCGGGUUGACUCAAAGAAAAAGCGGUCGGGUAAGCGUAAUCGCUCGUCCUCUGUCACAUCCUCGUCGGAAGACGAACGUGAACGAAGAAGAAGAAAAGAGAAAAGACGCAAGGAGAAGGCCAGGGAGAAAGAAGAUCGAAAGGACAGGCAUAAGAAGAAGCACCGUCGGGAAAAGUCGUAUGACGAAGACAGCGACGAGGACCGGCUGGAUAGGCGUAAAAGGAGGCAUCGCCGUGGAAGAUCUUACGAUGACGAAGACAGUGAAGGUGAUCGAAGAGAUCGAAGUCAUCGCGGGCGAUCUCACAGAAGUAACCGCAGUAGCGAUGACGAGUACGAACACCGAAGCCGGAGCAAGAGCCAAAAGCGGCGAGAGAAGAGUAGACACAAGAGCCGCCACAGCAGUCGUGCUGACCCCCCACCACGGUCACAUGCCGACGAGGAUGAAGCUGAGUGGGUGGAGAAGCCUGCCAACUCAUUUGUGGCAGUUGCGGAGCAUACAGGCAAGGAACCGCAUAUGGAUGUGCCAACGAAAGUGGACAAGAAUGCAAUGGAGGACUCUGACUCGGAGGAGGUGGGGCCGCAGCCUGCCUUCCGUGCGACAAAUGCAAACAAAAAGAUCGAUGAACGGCAAUAUGGCGGGGCGCUGCUCAGGGGUGAAGGCAGUGCAAUGGCGGCUUUCUUGCAGGACGGGAACACCGACGCGCGUAUACCGCGUCGUGGUGAAAUCGGGCUGUCGUCUGAGGAGAUUGCGUCCUUCGAGUCUGUCGGGUAUGUGAUGAGCGGGAGCAGGCACCGAAGAAUGAACGCGGUUCGGAUGCGGAAGGAGAAUCAAGUGAUCAGCGCGGAAGAAAAGCGGGGCAUUCUAAAGCUCCAAAAGGAGGAACGUGAACGCAGGGAAGCAAUCCUGCGCGACGAGUUCCGGGAGCUCGUGCAGGACAAACUCAAGGGGGCGGGCGGUGCGGGCGCAUUGCCUGCCACCCAGGAGGAAGACGCAUAGAGCCACAGGCUUAAUAUCACUGUGCUGAUGUGUAGUUGUGCUUGUUUUGUAGAGAUACAUAUUUGUUGCGGUGCCUUUAUGUGGACAGAGAAUGCUUACAUAACAUGAC